UGGCACACGGGAUGUCUGCGCUGUUGUCUUUGCGGCGCCGGGCUCGACUCGCAAGCAUCUUGUUUUGCCCGAGAAGGACGCAUCUACUGCAGGGACGACUACCUCAGGGCGUUCGUGCGAUGCUGCGCGUGCGGUGCGGCGCUAUCCCCUCGUGACCUGGUGAUGCGCGUACGUGGUGGGCUGGCCUUCCACGUCGGCUGCUUCCGCUGUGCCAGCUGCCUAUGCCCGCUGCUGAAAGGGGACGUGUUCGGCAUGCGCGACAACAGCGUAUUCUGCAAGCUACACUUCCAGGACACCGCGCUGCUAGCAGAGCGAAACAAACGCAUGCGCACCUCCUUCAAGCACAGCCAGCUGCGUGCCAUGAAGGCCUACUUCACUGUCAACCACAACCCUGACUCCAAGGACCUGAAGCAGCUGUCUCUCCGCACGGGGCUCAGCAAGAGAGUGCUGCAGGUGUGGUUUCAGAAUGCACGAGCCAAGUGGCGCCGAAACCUGCUGCGCCAAGCGAGCCACGGACCCGAGAUUGCGCAGGACUCGAGCCCACUCCAGGACCUUGGCGCCACCAUCACGCUAGAGGAGCAGACUAUUCACUCCUACGCGAACCUCUUCUGAGCCCUGCCCAUGGCGUUUCGCUGUGCUUCUUUGCUAAGAAUGUUGAAAGCCAUUAUUUAGAAUAUCACAAUUCUAAAUUGCACAAACUGCCGUCUAGACGAGAAAAGGAUGCUCGCGCAAGGCGACGAAGCGAUGACUUUCUUUAUUGGACAUUUGCUGAUACCGCGGCACAUAUCAUGGCAUCUCUGCGUCCCCGUCUCGUCUAGACUAUAGUGUCGGCUACGGAAAAGGUGGCGCCCUUGUUAGUGUACAGUUUGAAACAUCGAAGAGCGCUUGGCGAGCGCUUGUGUCCUCCCCGCGUUGAAAGCGUAUACAAUUCAGCACUCUGCUAAAAGCAGCCUUCUGAGAUCGUGUUUAAACGUCAUAGGCGAGGAAAGAGCCAGCGCUAGUUGGACGUCCUGUAUUACCAGUAUGCCGUUUAAAAGGAAUUCUCUUGCAUAAGAUUGUUUCCAGAUUGACCAACGUUCGGGAGCCCGUCACUUAUAUUAGCAAUCGGCGUGAUAGCCCGACGGUCACCGCAGCGAUGGCCAAUCGCGGAUAUAGCCCUUGCGUAAGAGAAGUUUUGGGAAUACGGGCCCAGAUAUUUGGCGAAAUGUGCCUCUGAUUGAAAACCCCUACAUAUAUAGAACGAAGCACUUCUCAUCUUUUUCUCUUUUUUUCCUUACAACGUUCUCGAUAAGGUGCGGGAUAACCGUCUAGUUUUGGUAAGCUUAUCACUGUAAGUAAAUACGAGAACACGAUCUAUCGUACGACUGUAAAUGUGUGAGGCGCAAAUGUUUUCAGUCAAUACACCAAAGUCUUAUUCACAGCCACUUGAGGAGCGACGAAGCUUGUUUUCUCCGCAUGCUGGAGGCAUUCUAAUGACUGUAACAGUGUUUCUUCUCUUAAUUUUGGUCCCCCGCUGCUGUCAUUCUUCUGCAUAAAUACGAAGUAAGUCAGCGGUUGCAUAACGCCUUGAGGACGUAGUAACGAAGUGGUUAGUUCUCACGCAGAAAGAUACAGAAAUUCUGCGCAUGCGAGGUAUCUCAUACGACUUUCUUAUAGGCACGAGUAAUAAAAAAAAGCUGUUAUUUUUUUCUUUUAGUUCGCAGAAAAUGUACUGGAUGCAAGUGUUAGGCAAGCAAUUGCGAGCGACAAGUCCACUAUUGAUAGCUAUCUCGUCACAAUCUAGUCUUUAGUGGAAGCUCCACAAGGAUUUAGGGAUCGUUUAGCGUAUAGUUUGUUGUCAUCGCUUUAGGGUUUGCCAUACACCACAUGGAAACUUCCAGAAACAAAACCCUUCGCCUUGUUAGCUUGUUCACUGUUCCACUGGUAGCUACAACGAACCUGCAAUGCCCCAAAUUAUUGCAGGUUUGGCAGAUCUCGUGCAAAUUGGCACUGGCUUCAGAAACCAUUGAAGUAAAUAAAAAAAACAGCAGAGUUAAAUACAAGAAAAGAAGGAAGAAAAUAGAAAGAAGCC